AUGUCGGCCCGCAAACGGAAGACGUCCUCCAACUUCAAGGAACUUUACGAAUCAAUUAACGGCGUCCUGGCCAGGAUCAAACCUAAACUUAUCGAGAGCGCGCAGACCUCAUGCUAUUCGCCAUCUCUAUGCGAAGACCUGCACCAAAUAGCUGCUUUGGCGCAGGCCCUUACAAACCAGCGUUCGCGUGCAAAUAAGGACUGGAUCAGUCUCGCCGAUGUCCUCGAUAGAGAAGGGGUCUAUCUGUGGAAUCUAUCCGCCUCCAUCCGAGAAUGCUCAGACGACGACAAUCGUCCAGCAGUUUUCGCAGCACUGAGAUUAGCUGGCUUUCGGCUCAUUGAAGCAGGUUUAGAGCAGAAACCAGGAAUCGAGACUCUUAUACAUGUGCUCCAACUCGCUAGUAAAGCGGGUUCUAGCCUUUCAGAUGCGGGCAGCAGUGAUCUUGCAACCAGUGUUCUCGGAUCUGCGGCGAAGUACGAGGAGGCUCUGAGGAACGCACAGGAUCCGCAGCACGCCCAUGUUCAAGCGAGGGUGCGCGCAACGGUUAUGUACUACUGCAGCAGGAUGGAGGCAGCCUUCAAGGAGGGAAACGAGGGUGUAGCUAACUUCAUGUUGCACAAAGCUACCGAGAAUGUCGAAUAUCUUACUCUGCUGCUGUCACGCGAACGAGAACUCCUCGCAGCUAAGAUUCUGGCGAUAGGCAAGUCCUUACUGAAAGCUGGUUCACACGAUGUCAGCAACUCCGGGGAGGCAAGGAGGGCCAUUGACUCCGUCAAAUGGAUACAAAAGGCUUUCGCCAUCGUGGACCACUCGGAGUCGGAAAAUGCCGGCAGCAGUGAACUGAAACGAUCAAUUUUACGAAGUUUAGCUCGAGCGUAUUUUCUAUCCUCUUCAGACGAUCCAGAAAACCUGGUCCGAGCGGAAGCUUCCUUGCACGAGUUGAUAUCAUCUAUUGACGCAUCGGUUGAUCACACGAAAGCGGAGUUUCAACAAUUGCGGUGGAUGAGAAUAGCUGUCUUGCGAAAGCGCAAGGCGGCGCAGAAUGUCAUCAUUGAUGCAUUUCGGUCCAUCAUUGACCAUAUGGAUCUUUCCGACGUUUCCAUCUCAGAUAUUCUACAAGAACUGAGAACAUUUGGACAUGAUCAUGCUCUCGUCUCUACGAUACACCAUCAUUGUCUGCUCAAAAUUCUGGAAGUUGUAGAUGAAUCAACCCAACAAAAUGUUGAUCGGAUACUACUUCCCUUGAUCCUGCACUGCGCGAAGGACCAAACCCACGCUAAAGCCAUGGACGACGUUCGGGCAGCUUUGACAUGUCUGAGCGAUGCGAACUUUGAAAUCACGAAGAUUUCAGCUACUGCAUGCGUUACGUUGUUGUGGCAGUGCGGAGAUCGUCAUUAUCGUGCGAGGAACUGGGGAGAAGCUGCUGACUGGUUUUUAGCUGGAACACACCCUGUUUUCUCCAUUAUCUCUCCCACAAGCGACAGCAAAUGUUAUCGCAAAGCUGCGCUAUGUCAUAUUCAACAAAAGGAAUACGCCAAGGCCUCCGCUGUUAUUCGCCGAUGUGCUCAUACCGAAGCUGCAACCUGCUACGUUUUGCUAUUGGUUGCAGUCCAUCAAGGGCUCGAAGAUGAGGCGAUCGAUGCUAUCAGAUCUAUGGUGAUUGCCCCCGACUUCGACCGCAAAAUGUUGAUGUUAGCAACUCGACUCGCCAACGAAUCAGAGAUGAAGGCUCUACUCCUCUCAGCUCUCGAGGCCCUAUUGGAUGUGGUCAAGAUAAGACAAGGACCUGCGACCGAUGUCGAAGCUCUGACCUUGAUUCGUUGCAUCAUCAGACUGGUGCUCAAGUUACUCGCAGAGCCUGGUCCCAACCGAAUGACCCUGAUAGCCGUUCUUGUCAAACAUUUUCUGACUGCAACGACACUCGUGGCUCGUUUAGAUGCCAAGCAUAUAGCUCCGACCAUUCUGAAGGAUCUAUCUUGGCUUUGGCGUACGGCCUACAAUUGCGCCGUACAGGGCUGCACAGAGUGGGCUAACUCAGAGGAGAGCGUCUCACAGCUCUUCGACACAGCAAAUCAGCUUUUGAAGGUUUACCUCAAAUCGACGUUAACAGACGUUGAUCCUGAAGUUCACAUGUUCUUGCUGAAUGCCUCCUUUGCUGGAGUAAUGGGAAAAGUCUUCUCUAUCCGAGACGGUGGUUCAAAAGCUCAUUCUGAACAAAUGGAACGGAUGCAGAUUCUGUCGGACAACAUCACCGCGUGCAAGAAGGAAAUAAGCGAAGUAGUCAACAAUGUGAAGUCUCUGCAGAGUGAUGACUUCGUACGUAGCAGUCAAUUCCUUCGUAUGUUGUGGAUCUUCGAAACGGAGAUGCUCUGCCAUCUGGGAGAAUGGGACAAGCUACGGAACACUAUUGAGGAAGUUGUUAAAUCAGACACGGUUGCAUUGAAUACACUCGAAGCUAUUGCAGAUACUUUGUGGAUUGAAGAAAGUUGUCCCGUCGAAGUUCUUUUCAUGGCAUUGGAGGCCAUCCUUCAUGCUGCGCUGGACCACGACUUGCUGUCCGUCGAAAAGUUUUCUCGGUGGUUGCGGGCUACAUGCACGAUUCUUCUGUCGAAGAAUACCUCGGCCGACAGACUCAGGGCUAUUGGUUAUGUCGAGCAGGCCAUAACUGUUAUGGGCGAGCAUUCAGCGGAGACUGAGAAUCAGAUAUAUCCAAUGGAUGAACGGCACUGGCUGCUUGGGACGUCAUAUAACGCCGGUGUUGAGUGCUUACACUCCUCUCUCUUGGACGAAGCCAAACGCUGGUUUGAGGUCUCCACCACAAUAUGUCGGUUUGUACUUGGUGGUGCUAAGCGCGCCGAAAAGAUAUCCGAAACUUACUCCCGUCUGUUGACUCGAUGCGCAACUGAUUCUCGAACAUCCUGA